AUGGAUGAUACGAAUAGAGGAAAGGUUGAUGGUAAAUCCUUAGCUGGCAUCUUCAUCAACGAUGAUGAGAAUGAGACAAGGAAGCAGAGAUUCAAGCUCGAAACUAAAUCCAUAGCCUGUGGUUUUGGCGAGAAAAUGCAAUUUUACGGUUUCGGCGAGAAACACAAUUUUUACGGUUUUGAAACCCACCACUCUUUUUCGUGUCUUCCUUCGUUUCCUGCUCUUUCAAUAAAGAAGAAACUGGUGUUGGUGGACUUGAAGAGAAAGAAGUGGCAGUCGAAGCUCCAACAUAUCAAGAGACAGGUUUUACGCCGAAGCUUAGCAAAUUUUAGUAGAGUUUUUAGUUUUCUUAAGAGACAAACCGUAUCGAAACGUUGGAAAUCAUUGAUCGAAUUAGGCCAUCUAGCUGAGACACACUUCCGUCGCCGUCAGGAAAUGUAUGGAGCCGAAGAGUUUAAAAUCACUUUUGAUAUGUCCAAAUCGGAAGCUCAUCGAGUUCCUGGAUCAUGUAAUGGUUUGGUCUCUGUCUACAAUUUGGUCGACGUUUAUCUAUUCAACCCUGAGACAGGUGUGAUCCGGACAGUUUCUCGUCUUCGAGGAGGUACCAAACUUUCAGCAGGAUUCGGGAGAGACGUUGUGACCGGAGCAUACAAAUUGGUGGUUUUGUAUAGCUUCGGUGAUAUUGACAGAGUUGAGUCUGUGGUUUUUGAUCUGAGCACUAGCCAGUGAAGGUGGAGAUACAAGACAGCUGGUCCAGUGCCUCGUUCUUUCACUCUAAUUAGACAGUUCGUUCAGGCUAUUGGUCUAUCAAAAGCCUGCACAACUCAUACUAGCAAGAAAACUAAAAAGAAAAGAUAUAAUUAUUGGCAUUCGAUUCAGAAUGCUAUCCACUUCGCUUAA